AUGGCGUUGGAAGAGCAGUGCUCGGCGCCACCCAGAUGGCGAUCCAUAUCGCUAACACACGUCGAGUUCGCCGAGGAUGACCUGACGGGACACCUGCUCGCCUACAUCAGCCUCUUGCCCAUCGCUAUUCUCGUAGGCUUUGUUACGCUUAUUGUGUUUAAGCGGGAACUGCACACGAUCUCCUUUUUCGGUGGGCUCACCCUUAACGAGGGCAUAAACUGGAUGCUCAAACACAUUCUUCGAGAGCCCCGCCCAUGCGCAGGGGCUCAUUCCAUGCUGAACACAGAUUAUGGGAUGCCGUCCAGUCACUCCCAGCUCAUCUGGUUCUUUGUUGUUUACUUCUUUCUUUUUCUUUAUUUAAGAAUGCAUCAGACGAACAACGCUCGGUGCGUGGACCUCCUAUGGCGACACAUAUUGUCCACCAUCCUGUUGGGCGUGGCCUUGGCCGUCUCGUACAGCAGGGUGUACCUACUGUACCACACGUGGAGCCAGGUGUUCUACGGUGGCGUGGCGGGCAGCGUCAUCGGUGUGCUCUGGUUCUUCAUCACGCAGGAGCUGCUAACCCCUUUGUUCCCCAAAAUAGCGGCGUGGCCCGUCUCCGAAUACUUCCUGGUGCGCGACACCAGCCUGAUUCCCAACAUCUUGUGGUUCGAGUACACGGUGACGCGUUCGGAGGCCAGGAACAGACAACGAAAGCUCGGAACAAAACUCCAGUGA